UCAUUUGGAAGACCUGUAUGGACGGAGAUACAGAUUGAUUCAAAUAUCUGAGGAUAAUUGAAGGCUGAAGUCAUGAAUUUGAGCUUCUUUGCUGGCCUGGUGGUCCUGACCAUCUUGGCACUAAGCGUGGAAGUCCAUGGUCAAAAAGGCAAAGGGAAACAAGGAAAGAGGCCAAAAGGUGAAGAUGAAGCUCCGUUUAGAACAAGAGAUCCAGGGGCAACUAGACUAACACAAGCCUUAAAUUCUACCAGACGCACGAGAGGGCCAGGUGGUCCUACUAGAGACCCAAAUAUAACCAGACCUACUAGAGAUCCAAAUGCUACCAGGCGUACACGAGGACCAGAGGCUUUUACAAGUGAUGCAACCAAACGCACAAGAGACCCUAAUCAAACCAAACGCACAAGAGACCCUAAUCGAACCA